AUGCGAAGAUCUGAUUUUUCCGGCGUUUUGCCGAUUGUUUUCUUGCUUAUAUCGUCAUCGGCGUAUCUAGCGGCGGGUCAAGGACAACCCGAUCAAAGAAAUGAAGUUUACAACUACGGCAAGCUAAGUCCAGCCAUGGCAGUGAUCGUCGUGAUCUUGAUCGCUGCCCUCUUCUUCAUGGGCUUCUUCUCCAUCUACUUCCGCCACUGCUCCGGCGUACCAGACGCCGGAGUUUCUCCAGCAGGAGGAGCAAGAAACAGAGGAACCGUAAACGCGGCGGCGCGUGGACUAGACGCAUCUGUGGUGGAGACUUUUCCGACGUUCGUGUACUCGGAGGUGAAAACGCAGAAGCUAGGGAAAGGAGAGCUGGAGUGUGCGAUUUGUCUGAACGAGUUCGAAGACGACGAAACGCUGCGUUUAUUACCCAAGUGCGAUCACGUGUUUCACCCUCACUGCAUCGGCGCGUGGCUCGAGGCUCACGUGACUUGUCCCGUUUGCAGAGCGAAUCUCGCCGAGCAAGUAGCUGAAGGAGAAUCUGUCGAACCGGGAGGUACCGAACCAGAUCUUGAGUUGGAGCAGGUUGUUGUGAAUCCAGAACCGGUGGUUGUUGCUCCGGUACCGGAACAACAAUCGGUUACGGCUGAAAUCGAUUCGAGGAGAUUACCGGGAGUACCGGUUGAUCUUAAACGGGUUAAGUUCUCGAGAUCGCAUACGACGGGACAUUCUGUGGUUCAACCGGGAGAAUCUACCGAACGGUUUACUCUCCGGUUACCGGAAGAUGUGAGGAAGAGGAUAAUGGCGAAUUGGAAAUUAAACCGGUCGAAUAGUCUUUUGGUUCUUCCUAGAGGAGGGAGUUCGAGGAGAGGUAAACCGAUUGACCGGUCAAGGGCUCGGUCUGAUCGAUGGCUGUUCCGUAAAACGCCUUCGUUUCUAUGGAGGAGUCGAGAUGAUGGUUCGAUUAGGCUAGGUGCUACCGGUAGCGUUCGAGCGAAUGCUGUACCAGGUGAUUCGGUACGAGCAGACCGGUGGGCUUUUCUUAGAACCGGAUCGUUUUUGUGGAGGAACUCUUCGGUACAUGUGCCAAAAGGAGGAGGAUUCAAUAAAGACGGCGAAGGAAGUUCGGUUAAAUCGACCGGUACAAGUGGUUCAACUAGCGGUUCGAUAAGAUUACCGGUUUAG